AUGCGUCACCAUCCGAAGGGCUUGAAGAGCGUUGUACUGUCCAACACCCUCUCGAGCUCGAAAGAGUAUGUUGCGUCUUUCAGAGCGAUGCAAAGAGCGAUGGGCGAAGAGGUCUGGCUUCCUAUCGAGAAGCACGAGAGGGAGGGCACCACAGAUGAUCCAGAAUACGGCAAAGCCAUCAUGACGUUCUUUGGAGAGCAUAUGUGUCGCGUCAAACCGUUCCCUAAGGAGAUCGAGUUCACGCUUUCGCAACAGGCGGGCGACGGGGAGAAGGUGUGGGCGGCCAUUCCCCUCGACAGAAGAAAGAAAUUCUUCGACGAGUGGUGUAUCGACGACCGGAUCCACCUCAUGAACGUGCUAGCGCUCUUGAUCAACGGCGAAUUUGACUACAUGACGGAUGUCGUCUGCGGCCCUUUCCUCUGGAAUAUGGAUAGAGUCAAGUGGGUGAAGUUCGCUCACUCCUCGCAUACACCGAUGUGGGAGGAGCGCGAGAGGUACAUGGAUGUCGUUGGCGAUUUCCUGAGGGGUGUAGAACAGUGA